AUGAGCAAAGAUGACAAUGAGGCCAGCAAGGAUAGCGAGGUCAUUUGGGUAUCGUUAGAGGAGCACGAGAAUCCCUUUAACUGGUCUAAGCCGCGGAAGUACUUUACAACGCUGGCUUUAUGUGGCUUCUCAUUUUUGGUUAGCGGGGCGUCUAGUGGCUAUGCAGCUCCUGGCGCUGAAGCUGAUUUGAUUGAGCAGCUCAACACUUCUUCCACCUUGUUCGAGCUCGGAUUAGGCAUUUAUGUUAUUGGCUACGCACUUGGACCGCUCUUUCUGGCUCCGUUUUCAGAAAUAAUCGGCAGAUACAGAGUAUACGUAGUUAGCUACUUUAUCUUUAUGUGCAUGUUUAUCACUAUCUCGCUGUCGCCCACCAUAACCGGAGUUGUGCUGGGUAGACUAAUAAGCGGUUUGGCAGCGUCGACCGGUUCGACACUCGUCGGUGGAUCUAUUGCUGACAUUUUCGACGACGAGACUAGGGGCAUACCCAUGUCGUUUUUCUCUAUGUCAGCAUUGCAGGGUGCUGGAAUUUUUCCACUUUGUUUCUCGUGGAUGAUGGAGAAGGGCCUCGGUUACGAAUGGAUAGAAUACGUCGAGCUCAUCGCUACAUUCGUAUGGUUUUUCUUCAUCAUUGCAAUGGGAGAGACACGCGCAUCUGCUGUACUUAACGCAAAAGCAAAGAAGCUGCGCAAAAAGACAGGUGAUAAUCGCUAUGUAGCCAAAUCGGAAUUGGAGAGACCAAACUUCAAACAACUCAUGACAGUGUCUGUGACGCGACCUAUUUACAUUCUCUUCACCGAGCCUAUAGUCAUCGCGUUUUCGCUAUGGAUGGGUUUCGCGUGGUUUAUUUUCUAUUCUAUCAUUUCUUCUAUCGGACACAUAUUCCAGACACAGCGCGAUUGGUCACCUGGCUCAAUCGGGUUGCUUUACAUCACAUUCGUAUUGGGAUUGGCCCUUGGCGGUAUUGCCAACUACUUUUUGCAGGAGAGACUCUACCAGAAAAAGAGGACACCGGAAGCUAGACUGUACCUGGCUAUGGUGGGUGGUGUUUGCCUCCCUGUUGGAUGCUUCAUCUAUGCAUGGACGUCUUAUCCGGAUGUCCAUUGGAUGGGGCAGUGUGUAGGACUCACUGUCAUCCUGUUCAGUAUCUACAUCAUCUACAAUACCUCCUUCGCGUACAUGAGCGAUGCUUACAGACUCUAUGCGUCUUCGGCUAUAUCUGCACAGAAUGUCUUUAGAAAUCUCAUGGGUGGAACUACACCGCUUUAUAUCACCCGGUGGUAUGACUCAAUGACGGGUUUCAACUGGACGAGCUGCACUAUAGCAAUCAUAGCGGCAUUGCUCGGGGUGGUACCAUUUAUUCUGUUUAAGUACGGGGAGAAGAUCAGACAGAAGUCGCAGUUUAGCCAAUCUAUAAGAGAGUAUGAGCAACGCGAGAAGGAGAUGCUGGGUUUGGAGGAGAAGAGCGAACAGUCGGAUAAAACAGUAACAGCAUAG